AUGUCAACCGUCACAGAGAUGGCUACCUCCUCCCGACUUCAAUUAACGUGUCCUGUUGGAAAGGCCGUCAUGGAGCCGCGCGAGGAGGUGGCACUGUCAGACGGUGCGCCACAGCCGCCGGGAAGGACCUGCAGGAUUGAAGUACCUAACGGCCUUGUGCGUGUCCUCAAGUUGGGCGACGGCUGGUCGCAGCACCCCUGCCCUACCGCCACCAUGCCUAUCUUCACCCCUUCACGCCUGGCCAUCAUCGUCCUCUCCUCUUCGCUCGUGAUCCUUCUCUGGACAUUUGGACUGUCGAGACCGCUUGCGGCGCCUGCGCUGCCUAUAAUCGACCACCAUGGCCAGGAGAUUGCGUCUACUGUGACCCUGCCAUCCACCACGCCAUAUACACACACGACAGCACAUAGAAGUAUUGCUCCAGGGGCGACGAGCGUACCGGAGCAUGACAAGGAUGGUGUUCGGUGGAAAGAUAGGAUGAAUGGAACAGUAUCUGAGCCCUACAAGGAAACCAUACAACCGCCUACACACGGUGUCGCCGACUUCUGCAAGGAUGCACCGGGCGCGCGGCAUAUCAUGGUCGUCAUGAAAACGUCAAAAGCAGAAAUCAAGAGCAGACUACCAACACACCUCGAGAGCUUGCUUGAAUGCGUACCCAACUUUGCCAUCUUCAGCGACCAUUCGGGCGAAAUCAACGGCUACACGGUGCACAAUGCCCUCGAGCCCAUCAGCGGUGACACGAAGCGAAAUUACGAAGAAUUCCACGAAUACCAGCUCAUGCAUGCAGACACCGAACACGAGCCUGACAUGGCCAAGACCAAGGCGUUGGACAAGUGGAAGUUCUUGCCCAUGGUGUAUCAAGCAUACCACCUACGACCCAGUGCGAGGUUCUUCAUUUUCAUCGAAGCCGACACGAGUCUGAGCUGGACCAAUCUCCUGCAGUGGGCGGGACGACUCGAUUACCGGAUACCAUAUCACAGCGGAGCACCCACCUACAUGGGCGGGGUCCAGAUUGCACAGCGAGGCUCGGGCAUUCUACUAUCCCAGGCUGCCAUGCGACGAUAUGCCAAAUCUUACGACGAGUUAUAUGAGUCGAAAUGGGAGCCACAGGUCGCCAAGGAAUGUUGCGGUGAUCUACUCCUGACCAAGGCGCUCAACGAUGCACAUGUUGAACUCUACACCUCCUGGCCAAUGCUCCAGACUGAACAGCCAAGCACACUUGACUACACAAAAAAGAUCUGGUGUUCGCCUGCUAUAUCAUGGCACCAUGUGCUUGGCGACGAUCUCAAAGGCAUGUGGGAAAAUGAGAAGAAAUGGGUAGCAGCCAAGGGCUGGAAGGAACCCUAUUUGUACCGUGACGCCUUCGCUGACUACGUGGCCUCGCACAUGGAAGCACAAAAAGUUGAUUGGGACAACCUCAGUACUGACACGAAGAUUGUCGCGCCGCAGGGUCGCCAGAAGCAACUCAAAGAAGAAGAAGAGCGCAAGAAGAAACAUGAAGAGGAGGAAGCAGAGAAGAAGAAGCACGAAGUGGAGGCAGAGAGGGAGAAAACAGAACAGGGCAAGCAAGAUGAGGAGAAAUCUCCCGAGUCCCUUCGACCCAGUGAAGAGACCGCGGAAGAUGAAAAAAAGCCUACAUCCACGCAAACCAUACCAGCCCCCACAGAUACAAGCACCACAGUCUCGAGCCCAUCCCCACCCCCGCAUCAAAACCGCGCCCCCGCCCCCGCCGACGACAACGACAACCAACCCCCCAAUUGGGACAAACUCACUUCCCUGUUCCUCAACGCGGGUGACUCAGCCGCCCGCUGCCAAAAAGCCUGCAUCGAUGUCCCAGACUGCUUGCAAUGGCGCUACACCACUUUUGGCGACGGCGAGUGCCACCUAGGCAAGGUGUUGCGUCUCGGUGCGAAGAAGGCGCCAAAGAGCGAUGUCAAGUGGACGAGUGGGUGGCUUGUGGAGAGGACGGGGAAGGUGACGAAGGAUUGGAAGUGUAAAAAGCCGCAAUGGAAAUUUUAUCAGUGA